GUUACUUCUACUGCGCAUGCGUAUUGGACCAUGUUUCAGUCUUUGUUCAGUAUCGGUGAUGGCUUCGACUAAAAAGGCCAAACUCGUUCCAGACGGAGAAAAACAAGGCGCCAAGUCAUCCAGCACUCCGACUCAAGACGUCAGGCGCGAGAAGUCACGUCAGGCAGCUCAGAGGAGGAGAGACGACCUCACGUCGCUACUGAAGGAGCUCAGCGACCUCUUACCGUACGAGAACGAUGUCAAGGAGACGUUCGACAAGUCGACGGUGCUGAGGCUCGUCGUCUCGUACAUGCGAGCGAAGAACCACUUUGCACAUGACGGUGCACAGAAGGCAUUACAACAACCCGGGAAGGCUUCGUCGGGCACCGGUGUUGGGAAAGGAAUCGAGGAUGAGGAGUCUCUUUCUGACUUAUUCUUGCCGGCUUUGAAUGGAUUUCUUCUUGUGUCCGAUCUCAACGGGAUGCUCAUCUACGUGUCUGAAAACAUACAGCAACAUCUGGGACUCUUCCAGCAUGAUCUUAUUGGAACGAGCGUCUUCAGUAUCAUACACAAAGAUGACCAUCAAGACAUCCAGGAUGCUGCAAUGACGCCGUUGUCGGGAUUUUGUGACCGUGCUGACCUCAAGUAUUCGUUUUUCUGUCGAAUGAAAUGCACUGCCAGUAAGAUGCCGGCCGGAGGAUGCAAGAGCCCGGGAUACAAGGUCGUUCACUGCUGUGGUCGUAUCACGACGGGACGAUCUCUCCAAUCUGGUCCAUACCUCGUGUCUACGUUGUGUCCUGUCACUCCAUCUUCGAUCAUAGAAAUUCAGAUGAGGCCCGGUAUCUUCACUACGUACAACUCGAUGCAUCUGAAGUACAUCAAAGUGCACUUGAAUGAAACGAUGCAGUCACUGAUGGGGUACGAUUCACGAGAUCUCAUCGGUCGUUCAAUGUUUGAGUUCCAUCACGUCGGAGACCUGCCCAUGUGCCAGAAAUGUUACCUCGACCUGAUCGCUAAAGGCGAAGGUGUAAGUGGAUAUUAUCGAUUUCUGAGACGUGACGGUCAGUGGGUGUGGCUGCAGUCGCGUGCAGCGAUCAUGUAUAACAACAAGACGGCGAGGGCCGAGUACAUCGUCGUUACUAACUACGUCAUUAAUCAGGAAGAGGCUUUACAAGAAGUUUCAGCUCAAGGCCGAUCUACCGAUAUGUCACUUGGUGUGUUUAUCCCACCAGACAUUCCCUACCCGAAGCAUCCACCACUCGACAACCCUUCGUUUCAAGCCAUGGCAUUGGCCAACAAGAUGAUGGCCGACUUGGAGAGCAAUUCGGUCAUCUCGUCGAGUGACGAGUCGUUUCCACAGGAUUCACAGAUGCCGACCUAUUCACUGGACAGUCCCGCGUCGGCGACGUCUUCUCAGUCUCUCAAGAAGCCACCACACACGCCGUCCAGCGGGGAAGGAACACACCCCAGCAGUCCGGCCGUUUUAUCUCAUCCAUCGUUAAGUUCGAGUUUAUAUCAACCGGGAAAGAUUCAACCUUCACCGACCAUUCCUUCAUACGAGCCAUCACCCGAGAUUCAUCACUCGAACGAGACUCUGUUGGCAUCCGACGCAUCCGACAGUCAAAUGCGUUUGCUACCGAGCAUUCCGUGUAAAGAACCGUUGAUGACGACGAAUCAUCAUCGUGCAUACACACACGAGGAUAUCUACCCGUCUCAGUCUCUACAACAACAUAAUUCGUGUUUAUCAACAGAAGGUCUACAACAUAGUAUAUCACCGUCUCAAUACUAUGGCAUGACUGACUAUGUGACGUAUUCGAGUGCUCAGACGGGGACGUACGGAGGGAGCAACAUUCAGUCGUUGUACGUCGAACCACAACGUCCGGUUGCCGUGGAGCAACGAAAUGAGCUCCACGCCUCGUACGUGUCUGCAGCACACGCCACGAAACUGACGAUGGCCACGAAACCGACGAUGGCCGUGAAGCCGAACAUACGAGCCAACUGUUCUCAUCCGACGAACGGGAUUGACAUUGUGAAGCCGAGCAAUUACGGUAGUCACGACUGCAAUCUGUCACAAUGUGGGGGCGUGGUACCUCCCGUGUCUGCCCCUGUGUCGUGUUCUCAGACAGGCGGCUUGCAGCAUGCGAACGGGCUCUCGUCGCCAUCCGGUCUGUUCUACCCAACUUACCCGAACGAGGACCUGCUGAAGGAUCUCGAAGAUUACAUUGCAGCCGAAAUGUUUACGUCAGGAUCGGCACAAAUGGAUCCUGUGACUGCAAGUGCUGCAGGUCCCGGUUACGUGAGCUCUACCAGGUCGUCGUAGUCGAGACCAAGCUGUUACCAUCCUGUCGUCUGGCAGUCGUGUGUCAUGUACUUGUAGAUGAAUGUAGAUUAGAUGAGCAAGCUAUAGAACGUUCAGGCAUAUUGAGAGAGACUUUCAAACGCCAUCACGUUGUGAUGUUUUAGCUGUCACGAGAAUGGACCUCUCUUGUGCACAUUUUUUGAUCGUGUUGAUGCAGACUGUCAGUGGAGACCGGCCUGCUGGUGCAGCCGACUGGUUUUCCUAUUGAUAGAUUCAAUAGCAUGUUUUAUAGCGUUGUGGCUGUCUGUAUUUUGCGAUUCAAUUUUGAUUAUAAUUCUACUUGCAUAUAACA